AUGAAGGAAUCAUUCAAAGUGUGUUUCUGUUGUGUAAGAAGCUUCAAAGUGAAAACAAGUGAGCCACCCCAAGAAAUCAAAACCCUUUUCGACAACUACUCCGGAGAUGGCAGGAUGUCUGUAGAUGAGAUGCUCAGGUUCGUGAUCCAAGUUCAAGGAGAAAAACACGCUGAUUCAAACUACGUGAAGGAUAUUUUCCAUAGGCUCAAACAUCACGGCGUUUUUCACCCUCGUGGGAUUCAUCUUGAAGGAUUUUACCGUUAUCUCCUCAGCGAUUUCAACUCUCCAUUGCCUCCUUCAGGCGAGGUUAUAAAUAUAUGUUUUACUUUGGAGUGGACGUUAACAAGUACUGAAGAUCUUCAGAAAUGUCUUAACGCUGUAAAGGAGAACGCGUUUGAGGUGUCUGAAUAUCCUGUUGUACUUACUUUAGAAGACCAUUUGCCUCCAGAUCUUCAGAAGAAAGUCGCUAAGAUGGUGAGUAAGACUUUUGGAGGAACAUUGUUUCGAUGUACAGACGAAUAUAAAGAGCGUUUUCCUUCACCAGAAACACUCAAAAACAAGAUUCUGAUCUCAACUAAGCCACCAAAAGAGUAUCUUCAGACCCAAGUCUCUCAAACUUCAACAACAGAUGAAUCCGUAAAAGCUAAAAAAGUUGCAGAUGCAGAAGAACUGAUUCAAGAUGAAGAUGAGGAGUAUGUGGCGAUAGAAUACAGAGACUUGAUCUCAAUUCACGCUGGAAACCGCAAAGGAGGGUUAAAGAACUGCUUGAAUGGUGAUCCUAACCGAGUCAUACGGUUAAGCAUGAGUGAGCAGUGGCUAGAAACUUUGGCCAAAACUCGUGGAUCUGAUUUAGUAAAGUUUACACAGAGGAAUAUUCUUAGGAUAUUUCCCAAGACUACACGUUUUGACUCAUCAAACUAUGAUCCUAUGGUUGGAUGGAUUCAUGGUGCUCAAAUGGUUGCCUUCAAUAUGCAAAGUCAUGGGAGGUUCUUGUGGAUAAUGCAAGGAAUGUUUAAAGCCAAUGGUGGAUGUGGUUAUGUGAAAAAGCCUGAUGUUUUGCUUUCCAAUGGUUCUGGAGGUGAAAAUUUUGACCCUUCCAGUAAAAGUCUACAGAUCAAGACAGUUCUUAAGGUGAAGAUCUACAAUGGAGAAGGAUGGAAUCUGGAUUUUCCUCAAGAUUAUUUUGAUCGAUACUCUCCUCCUGAUUUCUACGCAAGGAUUGGAAUCGCAGGGAUACCUUUAGACACAACAAGUUACAGAACAGAAACAGAUACAGACGAAUGGUUUCCUGUUUGGGAUAAAGAGUUCGAGUUCUCAUUGCGUGUUCCAGAGUUAGCGCUUCUGUGCAUCACAGUCAAAGACUACGACAGUAACACUCAGAACGAUUUCGCUGGCCAAACAUGUCUUCCGUUGUCGGAGAUCAGGCCUGGAAUUCGUGCCGUCCGGCUCCAUGAUCGUGCUGGAGAGGUCUUGAAGCAUGCAAGGCUGCUCGUGCGGUUUGUCUUGGAGCCUCGUUAG